GAGCCCACGUCACUGGUUUCCACGGUGGGCUGAUCCAGCGCCGCUCUUCCGGUGGAGACGUGGCUCAGCGCUGCUGCCAUAUUGACGCUAGCUGGCUAACAAUCACACAAGUGGAAGUCGGCUGUACGUCCGCACCUUGCAGCUCCAGGAGUUGACUAGAGAAAGCGCCCGAGCACGAAACACGAGAGACGGAAGGAUCGUCGUACCAUAGAGAGAGACCAAAAUGGUGCUGUUGGCAGCGGCGGUAUGCACCAAGGCCGGUAAGGCCAUCGUAUCGCGGCAGUUUGUGGAAAUGACCCGGACGCGUAUCGAGGGUCUCCUGGCAGCAUUCCCUAAACUGAUGAACACGGGCAAGCAGCACACCUUCGUGGAAACAGACAGCGUCCGCUACGUGUACCAGCCGCUGGAGAAACUCUACAUGGUCCUCAUCACCACCAAGAACAGCAACAUCCUGGAGGACCUGGAAACACUCAGACUCUUCUCCCGUGUGAUCCCAGAGUACUGUCGUGUGCUGGAGGAGAGUGAAAUCUCGGAGCACUGUUUUGACCUGAUCUUUGCCUUCGAUGAGAUCGUGGCACUCGGCUACAGAGAGAACGUCAACCUGGCUCAGAUCCGCACCUUCACAGAGAUGGACUCCCACGAGGAGAAGGUUUUCCGCGCUGUCAGAGAGACUCAGGAAAGAGAGGCCAAGGCAGAGAUGAGGAGGAAGGCCAAGGAGCUGCAGCAGGCUAGGAGGGACGCUGAGCGCUCUGGAAAGAAGGUGCCAGCCUUUGGCGGCUUCGGCAGUGCCGGCAUGACCAGUGUCUCCUCAGGGUCCAUCAUCACAGACACCAUCGUCGAGCCUGAGAAGCCCAAGAUCACACCAGCUCCAGUCAGGCCAAGUGGACCCAGUAAGGCUCUGAAACUGGGUGCCAAAGGCAAAGAAGUGGACAACUUUGUGGACAAGCUCAAGUCUGAGGGGGAAACCAUCAUGCCCACUUCAGGAAAGAGGGGCUCAGAUGUAUCUAAAGCUCUACCACCACCAGUCAACGUGGAGAGCGUACAUCUGCGUGUGGAGGAGAAGAUCACACUGACCUGCGGCCGUGACGGCGGCCUACAGAACAUGGAGGUGCUGGGUAUGGUGACGCUCCGAGUCACAGACGACAAGAACGGACGCAUCCGCCUCAUUAUCAACAACAAUGACAACAAAGGACUGCAGCUGCAAACACAUCCCAACGUGGACAAGAAGCUGUUCACAGCCGAGUCCGUGAUUGGCCUGAAGAACCCAGAGAAGUCCUUCCCUCUCAACAAUGAUGUCGGCGUGCUCAAGUGGAGACUACAGACCACAGACGAGUCCCUCAUACCUCUAACCAUAAACUGCUGGCCUUCAGAGAGCGGUACCGGCUGUGAUGUCAACAUCGAGUACGAGCUGCAGGAGGAGAACCUCGAGCUGAACGACGUGGUCAUCAGCAUCCCUGUACCGUCCGGUGUGGGAGCGCCCGUGAUCGGUGACCUGGACGGAGAGUACAAACACGACAGCAGGCGAAACAUUCUGGAGUGGUGCCUACCCGUCAUCGAUGCCAACAACAAGAGCGGCAGCCUGGAGUUCAGCAUCGCCGGACAGCCCAAUGACUUCUUCCCCAUCAGCGUGUCCUUUGUGUCCAAACGCAACUACUGCGACAUUCAGGUUACCAAAGUGACUCACGUAGACGGCGACAGCUCUGUUAGAUUCUCUUCAGAAACCUCCUUUGUUGUCGACAAAUACGAAAUCCUGUAAAAAGAAAAAAAAAAAGAAAAAAUGAAAGAAAACAUCAAAAUCAAAAAACUAAAAAAAAAUCACCAACAAAAAAAAGUCCAAAUCUAUCCUACAGAGAAAGAUUGAAGAUUUCUUGCCUGCCCACCCUGUAUACUAUUUCAGAGACUGUGUACAUCGACAGGACUCCGUCAGCCCUCUGGCCAAGCCUCUUCCUGUGGUGGAGCAGAGCAGCGGUGGUGUAUUUAUAUGUUUGUAUGAGAGAGGAUCAUCUAUAUAUAGAGUUAAUUGAACAGAAAAAAACCAACAAACACACACACACACACACACACACACACACACACACACAAAAGAAAACUACACUGAUGCUGUCAUGUUCGCCAAGCAGAACUGUAAAGAGGACUUCAGACUAAGUAGAGGAUGACUGUGGGGGGAGCAGGAGAGGCCGGCAGCCGCCUCCUCCUCCACCAUCUAUCAGUGAAACCCUGCCUAGAGAGGGAGAACAGGGACCUGAGGCCACUAGAACGAGCGCCGGUAGUUUAGCAUCCUCCACAACCUUUCUGCUUCACACUCACAUGGGUUCAUUCAUACAAGCCGCUCUCGAUCGGGGUUCUUUGCUUUUGUUUUUUCAGACUUUCUGAUCCGUAAUAACUGCAGAAUUGUAGCUGUCAAUCAUUAGAAGCCUGUCACUCUUUAAUUGUUAAACUAUUGUGAUUUGAUCUAUUGAUAUCUCACUUCAGAUUAUUGUUUUUUUUUUUUUUUUUCUUGUGAGGACACUUUGAUUUUCAGUCUUUGUAGGGAGGUUAACAGCUCUGUGCUCCGUAUAUUCUGUCAUGUCUGUCUGCAGUUAUCAUCAGCAAAUUGUCGCAGCGUGUCCUUUCAUUUUUAACUUUGAUAUUUUUUACUGUUUGCUGUAUUCUUUGUCACGGUUUACCACUAAUCCGGUUAUUGAAAUCUGACAGUGAAGAGCAGGACUUUGUAAGGAAUUCUCAGCUGCAGGGCAAAGUUACCCACCAGUAAAAAAAAAAACAAAAAAACAUUUGACUGUUGCAUCUGUUGGAUUCUCUUAUGACCUUUUUUUUUUUUCCUAUUGUCACACCAUUGCACCCACUCCUCACUGUCAAAAAAGAGACGUCAUGUUUCACUCUGGUCUGUUUAAGAUCCAGUAAUCAGCGCUCAGAGUUGACUUUGAACGCUGCCCAGAAACAACAUCCAAACCCCCCCCUAAUCUUACAUCCCACAAGGUGUUUCAGAGCCGAGUGGACAUGUGAUAGUGGAAAUCCACACACACAGAUCAGGGAUCAGUGACUGGCAGCCUGAUAUCGGACCCCUCACAUCCAAAGGUAAGCAGAGAGACGACAGGAGCCCCCGCAGUGAACUCUGCUGCCGCCUGCCGACAGCCUCACUCAUCCACCCGGUCAUCCUUUACUUACAUUCUCAUAUUACAUCGACUUUAUUCAAUAUAUAACAUUUUGUCUUUCAUGUUCUUGUUUUUUUUUUUUCUUUUCAUUUGUACUCCCCAAAUUUCAAUUUAGCAAUGGUUGUGUGGAUGUGGGGUUGAAAAUGACUAGAUUGAGCAUUUUUAACUAAAUUACUGAAGGGGAAUCUUAACAUUCCAGUGUACAAUUAGAAAAAAAGAAUCUUUAAUGGAAUAAAAUGUAUUAUUGAAAAUGUAA